CCUUGGGAGUUUUUAUUUUUCCAGAGUUGGGCUCAACAGAGGAAUAUGAAGAUGAUCUCAGCAAAUAGUCGCUAAAGCUUGGAGUUUUGUGGCAGAACGAAUGAUACAAAACAACCUACAAUUAUGCCUGCUCCAAAAAGAGAUAGUCAACACAGGACCCGUGCAAGAGGCAUAGCAAGGCCAAGGGAUGGUUCCCUGGAUCACAGAGGGAGGAAAAAUGACUCUAUCCCUGCAGCCAAUGUGGCCUCUGUUCUCUCACUACCACCACUGGAGUCUCGGGAGCACCAUGCCUCCUCACCAGCCUUCAUGUAUGAGCCCGAGCCAGGUCGAGCCCUUAGCACUGGAAACCUCUCCCCUGCUCCCACUCCUCUGUCCAUGGUGGAGCUCCCUCACCUCGUGGCAGAGGUGGGUCCUGAGCUGGCCAUGGGGGAGUCACUGUGGAUGGAGGGACCUUGUCUGAUUGCUUCAGCGCUGGGGACUGAUAUCCCUGUCAAAGCUACUCAGGUGUCAUUUGAGGAAUCUGCUCUGGACAGCUUUACAGAUCAUGGAGACGUGUCCCAGGUAAAGAUGGCUGAUCAAGACAAAGAGACAGAAGAAAGAAAAGAUGCCAAGUACAGAGAGCCUCUGACUGGCACAGAGGUGGUGGAAAUCUUUGCAAAGAAAAGACAUCUGGGAAAGCUUCAGUUUUUCCACUUGCAAGCUGUGAACAAUGGCCCAUUCAGACCGUAUGACCUUCGUGUGGUCCCUCCCAAUAGAGCAGGCACUGAGCACUUCAUCUUCUCCCCCUCCUCUGUGCUGCAUGUGCAGGAUGGAUGCAGUGCUGGGCUCCUUUCUCUGUCAGAGUGGCAUCGGGAGGCCAUACUGUGGAGAGCCUUGCAGGAUAUCCCAUUUUUUAGAGACUAUUUACUUCGUAAGGCAUUCAUCAGGUGGCAUAGAAGCGUGUGUAAGAUCACUCUGCAGAGGAAGGGUGAAGUACUGCAGGGCCUGCUACUCAUGGCUGUACCCCAGUUCAGAGAUGCUCUCUUUCAAUUCUCAAGACUGAUUGAAGAACUGAAAGGGGUUCACUGGUUGCCACAGGAUGAUUGCAAGACCUACACCCUUCUGGACUUCCAGAAUGCCCUCAUGAAAAAGAACCAGGAGUGCCGCAGGCUUCUUGAGAUAUUCUUGCAGUAUCGUGCUCUCAUCCUCAACAUGGUCCAGGAGGACAGCUAUGGGGCUCACCAGGAGCUGCAGUUAUGUGUUGAACGCUCCCAGCUUAACCAGCGCAGCCAGCCCCUGUACCUCCAGCUGGCUCAUCUGAGGGACCUGAGGAAGGAGCUGGGCCGGGCAGAGAACGUCCUGCAGCAGCUGGGAAAUAUGGCCGCUCUGGCCGAUCAGAUGAUCGUGCAGGGUAUCGUCACAAUCACCCACCGAGAGGUCACUUCUUUCCUCAACAACGUCAUGAAGAGAGUGCAGCCACAGCAGGGGAGUCUGUUCCAAGCAGAGCUGAUAUUCGGAGCAGACGGUCAGCCGACUCUGUUCCCACCCAUGCACUUGUUCCAGGAGGUGCUGCGAGGGGCACUGCUGUCAGUCGCAAACUCUGCCCUUCAGGUAUUUGACACUUGUAGUUACUGUCUUGAUGCCAAGGAGAGUGUGUCUGCCAGCACCUCCCUCAUCAGUGCUGCUCAGGAGCUAAGCCCUGACCUGAGCCUGGCCUGUACCAGUGGAACUAAUUGUAUCACAGGUAAUGCUGAACAGGACAGGAGAUUAUCUUAUCUUCCCAAUUCUUUUGGGGAGAAGGACAGUGAGCCGACUGGUGUCAGCAGCUUCUCCUCCAAGCGGGAGCCUCAUUGUGUUCUAUCAGCUCCCAGGUUGGUGCUGCCCAAGCUGACCCCUCUGAUGGUCCAGGGCCAGAGGCUGAGAGGGCAGUACUACCCCCUGUCCAGUAAACAGCUGGAAUGGCAGCUCAGCCUGAACGCUGGGGCUAAGGAGGUCCAGAGAGAGCAAGCCAGGAUUACACAGGAGGCUGGGCUUGAGAUCCAGCAGCUGUGUGAGGGACUCUCCUGGUUGGUUGACAUUCAUCUGUUUACCAGCCAAUGGAGUCCAGCUUCUCUGGAGACCAUGAAGGGCAUGCCUGCCUUACACUACGAUGAGCACAUUCAGAAGGUGCGCUUCUGGACUGACAGGGUGCGCACAGUGCCCCCCUCUCUCACUACCUCCAACAAGCUGCUCAUCGUCACCUGCUCCCACAUCCAGGAGAAGAUAGGGCCUCUGUUGAACUCCAUAGAGGAGGAUGUGUUGACUCUGUUGAAUGAGGAGCUGAAGCUGCGCUCAGAGAACUUGAUAUUAGAACUGAAGAGAGCUGUGGAAGGUCUUAGGGUCGAACCCACAGAUUUCAACGAUUUCACCCACUAUGCCAGCAUGGUGAAACGCUGUGCGAAAAUGUCUGAUGACAUGCAACAUCAACUGGAGUACCUACACUCUCUCCAGGAAACCGUUCGAACCAACUACAGACAGAUGACACCAGAUGAGCUGUUAUUGGAGGAACAGAUGCUGGACCUGUGGGACAUUUUUGUUCCUCUCCUGAAGCAGGGAGCAGAUAAAGUGUGCCAGCGUCUUCCCUCCAUGGCUGACACCCUGGACAACACCUUUUCCUCCCUGGCCCACGACCUGGACGAGAUGGUGACCAAAGCCACCUCUGGACCAUAUCUGGACCCCACUCAGAAUGCUGCUCAGAUGCUUAACAAGCUCAAGAUCAUGUGCAGACAGGUGUAUGCUGUCUCUGCUCGCCUGACAGAGCUCAGCAGGACAAGUAAAAGUCUCAGAGGAAACCCUCUGGAUUUGACUUUUGUAACAGCAGCCAAGCAGAAGAUUGAAGCUCGCAAAGGACUGUGGGAGCUGAUGACUGUAUCCACCUCCCAGAUCCAAGAGUGGAGGCUGCUGCUCUUCAGCAAGGUGUCUGUCUGGAUGCUCUAUUCUAAUAGUUUUGUUGUGUCGAGAGCCCAGGAGAAGGUGGAUGAGUGGCUGCAGCAGGCAGUAUCCCUGGCCAGGACCAUCCCUUCCCGAGAUGCUGUGCUGCAGGAGACCCUGGAGAUCCUUGAGCGUUUCAACCAGCAGCUCCCUGUGCUGGCCAAACUCAGCAGCCCCACACUCAAACACAAACACUGGAGGAACAUCUUCAAAGGUAUGGGGUUACUUUAUGCACCAGAGUGGAACCUCACUGUAGCUGACCUGAUGUCCAAGAAGCUGAGAGAGCACCAGAAUAAAAUCAGCAAGAUUUGCCAGGAGGCUAAGGCAGAGGCGGACAUGGAGCAGGCCUUCAGGAAGCUUCAGAGACGCUGGGAGGGGGCACUGUUCCGACUGGCCAAGUUCAUUGUUACUGUGUGGCAGGAAGAUAAACCACAGCUUGGUGCCACACGGAGAAAGAAGCCCACUAAUGGCCUGGUCUCAAACUACCAAACCCCCAAACAGCACUCUCGUGACAGUGGCACCUUCACCAUCAUUGGUCUGGAGACACUCCUGGCUCAGACACAGGACAGUGUAAUGACUCUGUCCAACAUGCUGCUCUCUCCUCACGUUGCUGAGUUCAGGCCGGAGGUGGAACACUGGGUGCAGCUGUUGCAAGAACUGGAGGAACUGCUUGAUUUCUUUGAAAGGUACCAGCAGAAGUGGGUCUUCCUUAGCAAAAUGUUCUACGAGACAACAGUCAGUGUUCAGAAGGCAGAACUGUUGAACAAGUUCCUUCCUGUGGAUAAGACCUUCAAGGAGAUUAUCCAAACUACACUAAGGGACCCCCACGUGCUGAACAUAGUGCGGCUCAGGAAGACAACAGAGUUGACUUGCUGCUUACAUGGACACAGCCUCCGUGUUCUCCUCAUAGAGGGUCUGUCCACCAUGGAGGGUAUCUCCAACCAGCUGCUGUACCUCCUGGGCUCACCCCGCAGGGAGUUCCCUCGCCUCUGCUUCCUGAGCGAUGGGGAGGUGAUCAAACUCCUCUCUCUGCACCCCACACCCUCUGCUCUGCUCCCUCUGGUGCGUAAGUGUUUUCGAGGGGUGCGCUGGCUGGAGGUGGACAGCAAAACUGACAUGCCCUCUGAUGUGACAGAUCUGAGCAGUGGCUUGGAUCUCUCUGACACCCAGAUGUGUAUACGGGGGGUGUAUGGUAGUUUCAGGGAGCACGUGCCCUUCCUCUGCCCUCUGGAGCCAAACCUCAACCCCCUGGUGUGGCUAUGUCUCCUGGAGCUGCAGCUUCAACAGGCCAUGAUGCAGCUCAUGAAGCAGUGUGCUGUGGCACGACAACAGUUGGAGCGGUUGGAACCGGACCCGGAAUGGGAGAAGAAAGUUGGGGACUCCCCGUCACCUGAUCCGUUUCGCUACACCAGCCCAUCAAGCUUCCUCAGAAAGGAAGAGGGUAAAGAAGCAAAAGGAGUGAACGAUUUGCCUUCUAUGUGGAGUAUAUUCUCUGACUACCCACUGCAAUGCCUGUUAGUGGCUGAAGAGGCUUUAUGGUGCAGUGAAGUUCGGAAGGCUUACAAGGCCUCAAUUCCGGUCAAGUGGCCCCGCAUCAAGGCACAAAAUGCUUCCAAACUCCAGAGCUUGUGCCAAGCCAUACAAGACGGCAUCACGGGUGAUAUUGACAAAUCAAUGACCACCCAGCGCAUGGUGACAGUGCUGCAUGCUCUGGUGUUACUCACCAUGAACCACUCGCAACAGUUAUCUAGGCUCAUGGAGGUAAAGUGUGACCUCGAGUCGUCUUUUGAGUGGCAGAGUUUGAUGAAGUACCAUCUGAUUACAGACACUCAGAAUGAGUCAACAACACAAGAGGGACACCAUGAUUUGUGCUAUGUUGAAAUCUUGGGCACCCAGCUGCCCUAUGGUUACGAAUACCUUGGCCCAGAGCACUGGAUAUUAGUAAACACCCCCUCCACAGAUAGAGCAAUACUGGGUAUCCUCUUGGCUCUGACCAGCUACAGGUGUGGCUUUGUAAGUGGACCUUGCAUGUCUGGAAAGAGGAAGACUGUGGUUCAGUUAGGAAGAGCACUGGGACGUCAGGUCAUCUCCUUACAGUGUUGUGUCAAUACGAGUCCCUCUGUCGUCCAGCAGAUGCUGUUUGGGGCCCUUCAGACCGGGGCCUGGCUGGUGCUGGACUGUGUAGACCUGAUGACCCAGGGAGCACUUUCCCAACUAGGGCAGCAUCUUUCAGACAUUCACCAAUCCCUGUCCAUCCUGCAGAGAAAUACUCAGCAGAAAGGCUUUGAGACCCACACCAAGCCUUUAUCUAGUUUCUCCUACCCAAACGGAGAUGGUACAGUUUCACCAAGAGGCAGCCAUGGCGACAUUUGGAAAGAGUGCAGAAAGUCAAAUGAGCUUGAGUGCCAGAUGUCUUUUUCUGGGAAAAACAUAUUUGCCAAACUGAGCUAUGGCUGUGUAAUCAUUUCAUCACGAGGAUACACAACAGAGGUCCCAGAGAAUCUGCGAGUGGCGACCAGGCCCAUUUCGUUGGCCCACCCUGACUACAGGAUCAUCACAGAGGUCAUGCUAGUCUCCCUGGGCUUCUCAGAUGCUGUGUCUAUAAGUCGACGGCUGAUCUCCCUCUUUAGCCUGGCCAAAGACUCUCUUUGUCUCCCUGAUUCUGUCAGUGGUGAGCAGACAUCCUGGAUGGUUCUUCUCAGAAAUGUCAUUGCUGCCUCUGGGACACAUCUCCGCAGCAACAGCCGGCUGGAUGUGCAUAUGGAGAAAGUGUUGAGGGAGGAACCUGACGCUCCUAGGCUUCCUCUGGAUGGGAUCCUCAAACCCCCUGAGACAGAGGGAGGAGACAAAUGUCCCCAGUCUACCCACUACAAGCGUGCCAACCAGUCUGCUGCCCUCAUGCAAGCUGUGUUGGAGGAGCAGGCUGUUGUCUACAGUGUUUUGUCAGUCCUACUAUCGGCUAUCUUUGAGCAGAAGAAAGCCUCACAGUUCCGCACCAUAUUUGAAGAGAUCUUUCCAGUGGCGCGUUCCCACCCUAUUCUCCAACAGUACAUUGAGGAGGAAGGGGAACAGAACAUUUUGAAGACAGCAGUUACAGAGGAGCUGCAACAAACGGGGUUCCAUGCUGAUACCAAAGUGCUGCGCAAUGCACUCACCCUCCAUCAGGCUAUGAAGCUCUCCAGAGCAGUUCUUCUGGUUGGCCCUGCUGGGAGUGGAAAGACAACCUGCUACCGUGUCCUGGCCGGAGCACUGCGUAGACUUGCAGCUAGGGCAGAGGAGGCCGAAUUUGAUGAGGAUCUCACCUGUCAAGGAGAUGGUAUGGAAACUGAUUACCAGUCCUCUACUUCAAACUGGAGCUCUGUUGACACCGUGGUCUUAUUCCCCAAUGCUUUGUCCCACGAGGAGCUCUUUGGGGGCUGCUAUGAACAGCAGGGGUCCUGGUGGGAUGGUGCUUUUACAAAAGUACUGAGAGACUCAGAGCGGCAUGACUUGUCAACCACCACCACCUCUAAAAAGAAGAAGGGGGGUCAGACGAGGAAGGGGAAGUGGCUGGUGAUGGAUGGAGAGCCGCUGGGGCAGCCUGGUUGGUUGGACUCCUUCAGCACCCUCUGCAAUCCUGACGAUCCCUUCCUGUGCCUCUCCUCAGGAGAGAAGGUUCGGCCAUCCCAUGAGGAGCUGAAACUAUUGGCAGAGUUCACAGACCUGGGAGAUGCAGCCCCUUCUGCAGUGACCCGCUGCAACCUGGUGUAUCUCUCUGGGAAGGACCUGUGGAAGGCUGUGUGGAAGGUCGAAAUGGACGCUCUCUACAGAGAGCACAGUCUGGAUCAGGGGACCCUGAAGAUGUGGAACCGUUUGGCUGAGGACCUUUUCUCCAGCACACUCACUUUCCUUAGGCACAAGGCCCUCACACCUGUCAUGCACAGCGAGGGAGAUGGAUCCAGUAAAUUCAGUAAAGGCAUCACUUACGGACUGCAAGAAGUGAAUUCAUUCAUUAGGAUUCUACAUGCCCUCCUGGAGCAGUUUGGGAAAGGACGGGGGUUAAAAGCUACACCAAGGAUGACAGACAAAAGAGAAAUUAACCCAGUUGGAGCUCACCCGACAUGCACAGAUGCCCUGAUCCCUUCAACUCAGCAAGAGAUUCAAGCCAGGAACCUCUUUCUAGUGGCUUAUAUCUGGGGCUUUGGCGGACACCUGCAUCCCAGACACUGGCCCCAGUUUGACCUGCUAGCUCGUGAGGCGCUAUUUGAGAGCCGGUACAGAGUGGAGGUUCCCUCUGAGGGGAUGGUCUUUGAACACUUUUUUAACCUGAGUGAGGGGAUGAUGGGAGACACUAGCAACCCCAUCAACUGUUCCAGGAGCAAGAGCCCACAGAUGGUCUACACAACUGUCCCCCAGUAUGAGAAAUAUGCCUACCUGCUGGACCUGAUGUUGGAGGCCAAACAGCCAGCGAUGCUGGUAGGAGAGGCAGGCUCAGGGAAGACCAUGCUGUGUCAUUCUCUAUUAAGUCAAGACAGGGCACACAUCCGCCUGCCUGCCAGCCCACGCCUGAGAUCCACUGACCUGCGCAACGUGCUGGAGAGCAUGGGUUGCCAGAAGACCCGGCUAGGAACCAUGGGUACUAUGAUCAAACAGCCUGGACUGCUCCUGUUUGUGGAUGACCUCCAUGAAGCUCCCUGUGAUGCUUUUGGAAAGACGUCCAUGGCUCUGGAGACACUGCGGCAGUGCAUUUCUCGGGGCGGCGUUCUAACUUCAGAUGGUUAUCAUUUCAAGCUGUUUAGUUCCGGAGCUAUCAGCUACUUGGGUACCUGCCGCACAUCAGGAGUGGGCAACCGAUCAGAUUGCAAUCGGAUCUCCUCCCGCCUCUCCCGUCACUUCUCCAUCUUGGUGCUGCCCAGCUUGUCUGUAGAUGUUUUAUUCUCCAUCCACUCUCCACAGCUACAGAACUGGCUCAAAGAGUUCCCAUGCAUGCCCAGGUACAUGGAUAUGGCACGAUGUAUCAUCACUGCAACCUUAGACCUGUAUUAUGCCGUGUGUGAGCAGUUCCAACCCAACGUCCACAGGCCACACUUCCUCUUCUCCAUGCAUGACCUGCAGAAGGUGUUUCAGGGAAUAUGCUUAUGGGCACCGCGCAACUCUAACAGACAAUCACUCCAGAAGAAGAUUAGCCUCAGGGUUCUUCACUCUUCCUCUGCCCUUCCUUGCUUUGCUCCAGCCACACUGGGCCCUGCAGCCAACAUGCUCAACAUAGCUCGUCUGUGGAUGCAUGAGUGUCUGCGCACAUUUGGAGACCGGCUGUGCUCAGAGGAUGAGGGCCAAGCGCUGGUGUCACUGAUGGCUAAGGUGUCAGAGAGACACUACAGCAGCAGGAUGACAGUUAAACCCCAGACUGCCAGAGCAGAGGACACCCCAUGUGCUGCAUCAACUAGGCCUAGCACACAUAUACCCCCUCCUACACCAACAGACUACCAGAAGUCAAGCCAUCAGCGACCAUCCACUCCAAAGCAGCCUGCCAAGUCCCCAUUGCCUAUGAAGGCUGAAACACACACAGAACAGCAGGAGCAAGCAGAGUUUUCUGACAGGGUGAGUAGCUCAGACUCCAGCUCAUGGGGCAGUAGUGAGGAUGAUUUAUUUGGUGAGAUCUACCCCCCAGAACAAGAAAAUGUCAAGAAAAAGCAUGUGAAGAAACCCCUCAAGAAAGAUGUGUCUCUUUUUCAACCGACACAGCUCAUAUCAAGCUCACAUCAAGCACUGGAUCCCUCUCCUCCAAAAGGACGUAAACCAGUCAAUCAGUCAGACUGGAAGAGGAGCCAUAAGCUGUGUGAACAGACCCCACAGACUGAGCCCAGCCCAGCCAGGUCCCUUGUGCCUUUACAACUCCUGCAGGACAUGGAGACUACUAUUCAACAUGUUGUCUUUAGCGUAGAGCUAUUGGAGCCGCUCCCUUCCAUGUCUCAGCAGCACAAUUUCAAACGCAACUCUGCCUACCUGGAAAGAGACCUGGGGUUACUAGUUCAGCAGCUGGCUUUCACAGUCAAAAGCAAAGAGGAGGAGGAAGAAGAGGAGUUUGAUGAUAACUACAGGAGCACCUCUAGUUACACUGUGCACAGGCAGAGGGUAUGUCAGCUGGUGCACGUCCUCAGGGCUCUGCUCAUACCUGGCGGGCAUGGGGCUCUGUUUGGGGCUGUGAGAGGCACAGGCCGAAAGACCACAGUGCGUUUAGCUGCCUAUCUCACUGGCUAUCAGUUGAUAGAGGUGCAUCCUGGGAAUGAGAGUCAGUUGCGUGAGAUGCUGCGGGAGGCAGGUGGCCAGGCAGGCGUGCACGGUGGCAAUGUGGUGAUACUUGUCCACGAGGAGACCAGUCAAGCCGCCAGAGAUGAACUGAUAGUGGUGAUGGCUGACGGGACCUUCCCAGGGCUCUACUCUGACGAGGAGCUGAAGAAUCUGGUGCUGAGAAUCAACGCUCUCAUCAAGAACUCACGCAAUCGCCUACGAGAUGACCAGACCCUUGAGAAGUAUUUCAGACAGACCCAGAGGAAUGUGCAUGUGUUCCUGCUGCUGCCCUUCUCCCCAGACACCAGUGAAAUGUCUCCUGAGAACGCCUCAGUAACCCUGGCAGUGGCACACAUGACCAAGGCUCUCAGCCUCUGCUGCUGUGUGGAGGUAUAUCAGCCUUGGUCCACCCAGUCCCUUGUUGAGGCAGCCUUUUGUCGCCUCAGAGAGAGCCUGAAGAUACCCGACACAGAAAGCAAAGUGGACAGAGAUGGCUUAGUGGGCAGUAUUUCUGAGGCCAUGGCAGGGAUCCACCAGUCUGCCUGUAAAUAUGCCUCCAUCCUCCACCCGGACCUCCAGCCUUUCAGCCCCCAGACAUUUUUGGAGCUGAUCGCUCACUUCUUCCACCUCUGCAGCCACCUCUGUGAACAGGGCCGGGGCCAGGCUAACAGAGUGUCAACAAUCUUGGCCCGUGUGAAAGACAUGACAGACACAGCUGAGCAGAACAGCCAGGAAGUUGUCAGACUGAAGAGGAAGAUUGCAGAAACACAAAAGUGCUUGUACCCGCUGCAGCGUGUGACAGACACAGAGCGAACGCUGUGUGAGCGUGCCCGGCAGCACUGUCUACUGGAGGAGAACAGACUAUCUCACCUGGAGGAACAGACUCAUCAGGCCCAACAGCAGGCAGAGGACGCCUUCAAGGAGGUGAGUCCUCUGUACCAGACUGCACUUGAUGCUCUUCAGUCUCUGAGCGCGUCAGACCUGGUUGAGGUGCGACGCUACAGAUUUCCCCCAGACGGAGUGAUCAUCGUUAUGGACGCCAUAUGCCUGUUAUUUAACCGCCCACGCAACUGGGAGAGCAGCAAACAGCUGCUGGGACAGUCCAACUUUUUCCAGGAGUUGGAGUUCUUUGAUCGCUCCAUGUUGAGCGACGACCUGUUCCGUCAGUUGGGCCAGAUAGUGCCGCAACGAGCAUUCUUACCGGAGUCUGUGCGAGGUGUGAGCCGGGCGUGUGAGUCCCUGUGCCGCUGGGUGAGGGCAGUGUACCAGUAUGCUUGUGUCCAGCGCCACAUGGCCCCCCAGGAGGCCCGGAAGAAACAGCUGGAAGUGCGCAUGGCGGAGAGCCGUGCCCGGCUGCGUGUGGCCAGGCUGCAGGAGGAGGAGGCCCGGGAGCAGCUGGAGGACAUGGAGAGACAGCAGCAGUUGCUCAGACUGGACCUGGAAGAGCUGACCGCCCAGCUGCGUAAGGCUGAGACCCUGGAAAGAAAGGCUGCUGCUGCAGUACAGCAGGUUCAGUGUCACAUCACUGACUGGACUGCUGCAGCAAAGGGAAGUAACACUAAUACUAAAAACACUCCAGGGGACGCUCUGCUCCUGGCUGCCACCAUCACCUACCUGGGUCCAUUUGUGCCAGAUGUACGGAUGGUACUAUUGGGGAAGUGGAGAGAGCUGUGUCUGUCUGGACACAUUAACAUCAACCCUGAGGACCCUAGGACCUCUCUACUCCCUAACCCUGCCUCCGUGGCCCCUGGGCCAUCUGGGGCCCCUCUCCAUGUCCCCAUCCCUAUGGGAGCAGAGCUGCAGAUGGCCCUGGCUAGGGCUGUAGGGGUGGACCAACGCCAGGUGCUCGGUGUGCCUCCCAGGCUGGUGCUCAAGCUGCUGCUGUGGGGAUACAGAGGCCCCUGGGCUCAACACUGGCCCCUGCUGGCAGACGCUCAGCAACAUGAGGAGAUGAGUGCCCAGGCCAUGCUGCUGACAGCGGAUGCUGCCGUGGGCCCCACCCCGUCCCGUCCCGUCCCGUCCCACCCGUCCCACCCCGUCCCACCCCGUCCCACCCCGUCCCAAAGCACUCACAGGCGGCCCAUCCUCGCGCAGCAGUCCCUCACAGCUGCAGGAGGAGCUCUUGGGCUGCGCUCAGAGGAUCCUGCCUUGGCAAAUCAUGCUGUUAAGACACUGAUGCCCUUUGCAACCACGUACCUAUGUGAGAGUUUAUUCUCGGGCCUCACUAGCAUGAAAACUAAAUACAGGCACAGACUAUGUGUGGAAAAUUAUUUAAGACUGAGACUCUCUCCAAUACAACCCAACAUUGCAGUUAUGUGCUUCCUUUCAAUCACACCCUUCUCAUUAACCUGUGGCCAUCUUCCAGGGGACGACACCACAGCUCAGAGGGAGGGAGAGUAUGAGCUUGUGGUCAGUGCUGAUGACCCAGACCUACUGGACAAUGUCAGGCAGGGUUCAGAGAAAGGAUUGAGGGUGUUGGUUACCCACGUGGAGCGAGCAGUCCCCAGCCCAGAGUUCCUGGAGGUGUUGAUGCGGCCGACAGGGAGCCAUUCUCCUGGUCUGAGACGACCUGUUCAGACAGCCCAUCCAGAGUUUUGCCUGUUCCUCAGCACUCCACUACCAGUCAGACUCAUACUCAAUGAGAUCCACCCGUCUAUCCUGUCUGAGGUGUGUGUCAUUGACCUCUCUCUGAGCUCCACUGAGGUGCAGGAGCUCAUGUUGACAGAGCUGGUGCAGUCCGAGUGUCUGGAGCUGUGGGUUCAGCACUGUCUCGUCAACACCGACAAGAAGGCACUGCAGGACAAACUGUGCCAGGAAGAGGUCUCUCUAAUGGAGUACAUCCUCCAGUCCUUCACCCCUCUGCUGCAGGACCCUGAGUUCCUCCCCCGGGUGUCGGCCUGUCAGACAGCCUCCCAGAAGCUGCAGGCUGAGAUUAUGGAGCUGAGCCUGGAGCUGGAGCGCCACAAGCCCCUCCUGGCUGACUUCGACAGAGUGGCAGGGCUGGCCACAGCCCUCUACCAGGCCUUGCAGGAGGUGGCACGCCUCUCCCCCUUCUACUUGUUCCCCCUGAGGAACUUCCUGUUCGCUGUAAGGGGGACGUUAGUCCUGAAGGGCCGACCGGAUGUUAAUUUUAGUGGAGAGGUAGUGACAGGGGCGGUCAUGGCAGAGAUCGCGCACAGGAUGGUAUCCCACCUGUUGGCCCAGUACCGGCCCUGCCUGUUCCAGAGCCAUGCAACCCUGUUGAGGCUCCUGGUGUCUGUGGCUCUAUUCCUGCACAACGAGGGCUGCUCGGAGGUGGAGCGGUUGGCAUUCCUCAGGGGCCUAGGAGAUAUGGACCUCCCAGUAGAUGCUUCCACACCAGCCUCACCUCCACCGUCUACCUCUCCAUCUCAGCAUGAUGUGCUCCCCAGCUGGGUGCCUCCUCACACCCACACAGAGGUCCUUCGGCUGCAAAACAUCCCAGCCUUCACAGGGCUGCUCUCAUCCCUGGCCACCUCUCCUAGGCAGUGGCAGGAGUACCUGCGCUUCCCCUCCUCCACAGUGGUGGGGCCUGUCCCCUGUCGCUCUCACUCCCACCUGUCCACUCUGCAGAGGGCUCUCCUCUGGAAGACCAUGCUGCCCCACUGGCUGGCUGCUGUGGCUGAGGACCUGGCUGCCUGUCAUCUGGGCCAGCCCAUGCGGUCAGCGGUAGCUGGGGCCCCUCACACCGGCUCCCCAGAGGCUCUCUCCCGCUUCCUGAACAAACACAAUGGGCCAGUCAUAGUCACACUCCCAGGCCCAAGCAGAGAUGGAUGGGCUAGCAUCCAACCACUUCACUGGCUGAAACAAGUGUCCCAGUACCAAACAGACAAAAGAGGGGUGAAAGUCAUAUCAUUUGGAGCUAAAUGCCAGAAGGAGGUCAUCCUCUCGGCACUGAAGAUAGCUGUUCAUGAUGGCCAUUGGCUGGUCUUUAACAACUGUCAUCUGUUAGAUCAAUGGGAUGACGAAGUUGUGUGUCAACUCAAUCAGUUGAUAUCCUGUGCAGCCAAAGGGCACCAAACAGAUGUGGAGACAGAGGGCCUCAUUCCAGUUGGGCUGUGUGCAGGUAGUCGGGUCCACCCACGCUUCAAACUGUGGUUUAUCACACGAGGAUACACCCCACUCUCCAUCCCAGCGUCAAUGAGAGUGUGUGCGCUGCGUCUGGUCUGUGACUCUCCUUGGGAUGUGAAGGAGGAGCUGUGCUCUUCUCUGCGUCAGGUUGUGUCUGUCACUUUGUCUGCCCCAACCUCUGGUGUCACAGCCUGCACCAUGGAACCCAUGCUACGCGCUGCCAUCCUGCACUCUGUCCUGCUGCAACGACAGGCAUACAAACACCUAGGCCAGGGAAACAUCUAUCACUGGACUCAGGAGGACCUGCUGGCGCUGGUGGAUGCUCAAGUCCACAUCGCCAAAGUCUGUGGCAACCCAACUGGGGCGCUGGAGUACAUAGCAGCCAACCUGGUGUAUGGAGGCCAUGUGGCAGACCUGGCAGACCUGGAGGCAGUGGAGAGUGUGUCUAGGGCCUGUCUCAGAGCAGCACCUCCUCUCUGGGGCAGUGGGCCUCACACUCUCUCAGAUAUCAUCCACAUACCUAGCCGCUGUGACUUAUCAGGCCUGCUGCAAAGUCUGGAGCUACGUGUUCAGGCUUUGGCCAACACCAGUGACCCCUUGGUGUUGGGCUUUAGUGCUGGUUUGGCAGAAGAGCUGGUGAAGGUUCACAGCCGCACCCUGAACACCCUGCUUCAAGACUCCCAGAAGCCCUUUGGCAGGGUCAGGAGCACCAACAAGCUGACCCACCCUGCUCUGCUGCCAGACUUCACCCAGGCCAGGGACCGACUACUGGCCCUGAAGGAGAGUCUGGGACGCAAGGAUGACAUCAGGGUUGUGAGUGUAGGAGCUCCAUCCCUGGGACCCCUACGCUACUUCCUCCAGGCAGAGUGGGAUGGACUGGUUGAUGUGGUUUCCUCCCUGCAUUCUGAGCUUAACCAGCCCAUGCGAAACAGCAAGCCUACUGUCUCCUCUCUCCUGACUGUCUCAAGCCUGUUCCGCCUAGAAAGGAGAGCAGAGCUGCUCAAGGCGUACCUAUGUGAUGAGGCCACCAUUGGUCCUUCCAAUGCGUACCGCCUGUCUGCCUUCUCCAACGCCAGGGGCUUUCUGGGUGCGUUAAUCAGGGAGGCUGCCCAUGCUAAGCAGAGGGACAUCAGCAACAUCUCUCUUCAUUUCCAAGUGCUCAGUGCCGCAACAUCCCCAGCCUCUCUUCCCCUGAGCGGUGUAUAUCUGUGUGGACUAGAACUGAGAGGGGCACUGUGGGAUACGCGGCUAGGAGCCCUGCAGGACACGCUCUCCCCCCAGCCCUGCCUGCUCCCCCUCCUCUGGGUCAGAGCACGGGUGAGGAACACAGACACUGUCCGAGCCCCAGACAGCCCCCCCUGCAACACCUCCUCCCUGCCCCUCUACCACUGUCCCCUCUAUCUGGACGGAGAGCAUGGGGACAGUAGAUACUGGGAACUGGCUGAGAAUAACAUUAUCACUCGUGUCCCUCUAAUGGCCAAGCUAGAUCCUGUGCUAUGUACACUAAGAAGAGUGAGGCUUGUGAGUACCCUGUGAGACUAGACUGCAGAAUUCAAUGCUGCGAUUAUACUGAA